GGGGAGGGGCCAGCGGGCGCCGCGCGCUGACUCCGUCUCCGGGCGCCGCCGCCGCCGCUUCCGAGUAAACACCGCGGGCGGGGGCCGCCCCCCCCCUCCCUCCUUCCCCCCCCCCCCCCCCGCCCGCCAUGGCCGGCCGCGGCGCCUUCCCGCUCAGCCCGCUGCCCCCCGCCGCCGCCCCGCCGCCCCCGGGGCCCGGUCCCGCCAUCCUACGGGGCCCCAACCCGGCUCCGGCCGCUGCCGCCGCCCCGGGCUACCGCCCCAUGGGCCCGGCCGCCGCGCAGUACCAGCGCCCUGGGCUGCCACCCGGCAGCCGGAUGCCCAUGGCAGGGCUGCAGGUGGGACCACCUGGAGCUCCCCCCUACGGAGCAGCCUCCCCGAUGAGACCCGGCCUGCCGCAGUCGAUGAUGGACCCCUUCAGGAAGCGCCUGCUGACCCCCCAGGCACAGCCGCCGCUGGCCACCCAGAGGAGAGGGGUGAAAAGGAGGAAGAUGGCUGACAAGGUCCUGCCGCAGAGGAUCCGGGAACUGGUCCCAGAAUCCCAGGCCUACAUGGACCUCCUCGCCUUUGAGCGCAAGCUGGACCAAACCAUCGCUCGGAAGAGGAUGGAGAUUCAGGAGGCCAUUAAGAAACCACUGACGCAAAAGCGGAAGCUGAGGAUUUACAUCUCCAACACUUUCACCCCAGCCAAAGAAGAAGGGGAGGGUGGUGAGCGCGUGGCCUCCUGGGAGCUACGAGUGGAGGGCAAACUGCUGGAGGACCCGAGCAAGCAGAAGAGGAAGUUCUCCUCCUUUUUCAAGAGCCUCGUCAUCGAGCUGGACAAAGAGCUGUACGGGCCAGACAACCAUCUGGUGGAGUGGCACCGGCUGCCCACAACCCAGGAGACCGACGGCUUCCAAGUGAAGCGGCCCGGUGAUGUUAAUGUGAAAUGCACUCUGCUGCUCAUGCUGGAUCACCAGCCACCACAGUACAAACUGGACCCUCGCCUGGCUCGCCUGCUCGGGGUGCACACCCAGACCCGUGCCAGCAUCAUGCAGGCGCUCUGGCUCUACAUCAAGCACAACAAGCUGCAGGACAGUCACGAGAAGGAGUACAUCAACUGCAACCGCUACUUCCGCCAGAUCUUUAACUGCGUCCGCAUGCGCUUCUCUGAGAUCCCCAUGAAGCUGGCGGGGCUCCUGCAGCACCCAGAUCCCAUCAUCAUCAACCACACCAUCAGCGUGGACCCCAAUGACCAGAAGAAGACGGCCUGCUAUGACAUCGAUGUGGAGGUAGACGAUCCCCUGAAAGCUCAGAUGAGCAACUUCCUGGCUUCCACCACCAACCAGCAGGAGAUCGCCUCCCUGGAUGCCAAGAUUCACGAGACCAUUGAAUCCAUCAACCAGCUGAAGACGCAGCGUGAUUUCAUGCUGAGUUUCAGCAACAACCCGCAGGAUUUCAUCCAGGAAUGGAUCAAAUCCCAGAGGAGGGACCUCAAGAUCAUAACGGAUGUGAUUGGGAACCCCGAGGAGGAGCGGCGAGCCGAGUUCUACCAGCAGCCCUGGGCGCAGGAGGCUGUGGGCAGACACAUCUUCGCCAAGGUCCAGCAGCGUCGGCAGGAACUGGAACAAGUGCUCGGGAUCCGCCUCACCUAAGGGGCCGGCGGGGGCUCGGGAGCUCCUUCUCCUCUCCCUGCUGCCUGAGCCUGACGGUACUUCUUACUGGAAUCAAAUACAGCACUUGCACAAACCCUACGUGCCUGGAGGGAUUCGGAGCCACUCGCACCCCUGGGCUCCCCUCGGCCGGGAAGCUCUAGCCGCAGGCAGAGCACAGCGGAGGGUCCCCCGGUUCCCCCCAAAGUCCCGCUGCAGCCCUUCUGCUGCAUUAACGCAUCCUGCUUUUGCAUUGUGCCGUUUGCCUCUUCCCCGUAGCACUGACCGCAGCCCUCCUGCUCGCUCCCCUCCUCUGGCCAAAAGCCCUCCUGGAGUUGCUGCCCGUGCCGACCAGGAGCCGCUGCCUGCCCUGCCAGCCCUCCCUGAGCCCAGCUGCCUCGAAGGCAGGCCCGGCCCUGCCCCUCUUCAACCAAAGUUUUGUCAUUCCAAACGCCAGCCCCCCCCCCGCUGGUGCCCGAUGUUUUGCACUAUUUUUGUGAACAGGUUUUAUAGAAAAAAGGAAGCGUUUUGUACAGUGGGUUUGUAUUUGAUUAAUAUAUUGAGUUCCUCUUACUGCACUCAUUGCCUCAAUCUAUGCAGUGGUUCGUGGUGUUCUCAGAGGGCUGGCUCGGCCCAAGCUGUUCUUUUUAUACGUAACCAAGUUUUUUAGCAUUAAGUUUUUGACAAUCAGUUGAUUACUCCACCCCCCCCUGCUGUUUUACAUAAUUAGCGACUCAUCUUGUGAGCGAUAUGAGGUGUCAGGGGGGGCAGAGGGGGUAGCUCUGCCCCCGGCAGCCUGUGGGCAGCAGGGUCACUGGGCUCUGAGCACACCCCACCAGUCAGUGGGGCACCAAGAGAACUGGAGAUGCUGGGGAGGGAGGGGACCACAGCACUGGGGCUGAGGGGAUGGUGCCACCACCCACCGGACCCGCUGAAGUGCCUUAACCCCGCUGGCCCCCUGCCCGCAGGCUCCUCAGCCCGGCCGGAGCAGCUCUGCCUCCUCCGGGUGGUCACAGGCAGAGGGGAGGGGGGGGCGUUUACAUAUUCCCAGGGUGUACGGCUCAGGGGUGCCUGCUCUGCCUCUUGUGUAACCAUUUUUUGUCUAUUUUGGAUAUUUUCUAAUAAAACCAGUUAGCAGCA